AUGCCAAAAGCUAUCCUCGUCACAGGUGCGACCGGUCAACAAGGCGCAUCCCUAAUCGCAGCCUUGCGACCAAGCGAAGCCACCAACACCGCAGCAGAGUAUCACGUCCUCGCGCUGACGCGGAGCAAAUUCAGUCCGUCAGCCGACCACUUGUCUCGAGAAGAGCAUGUCAGCGUAGUCGAGGGUGAUCUAAAUGAUCGCGCCUCUGUCACCCGCAUCUUUGAGGACGCAAACAAGGGUGAAGGGGGCGGCAUCUGGGGUGUGUUUAUGGUGCUCGCCUUCCCGGGACUAGGGAAGAAUGCAGAUGGGGAAGAGACACAGGGGAAGUUACUCGCAGAUGUUGCUCUAGAAUAUGGCGUCUCGGCAUUUGUUUACUCCUCGGCGCUGCGUUCAGGACCCAAGUAUGACGACGAGUUAAAGCUGUCAGGAAAAGUGAAGGUCAGCGUAGAAAGACAUGUGAAGCAAAUCGAGCUGCCUUGGGUCGUCGUGAAGCCCGGGUUUUUCAUGGAGAAUUUCUCAGGAAUUUUAGGUGCACUAGCCGUUAACUUAAUGCAGACUGGUUUGAAGCCUGAGACACGCCUUGAUCUGGUGGCUGCAGAUGACAUAGGACGUGUUGUAGCGGCUGUCUUCAAGAACUUCUCCGAAUGCGCGUCGCGUGAGAUGAUCAUUAUUUCCGAGUCCUUGACAUCCAGCCAAAUAGAAGAGCAAUAUCGUCCCACCACAGGGGUUAUCGUUUCUUAUGUUUCGCCUUAUCUUGCACGGUUGGUAUUGAAAGUCAAUGCUGAUACGCAGAAGCUUGUACAAACAAUUAACGACACACACGAUCGAUCGGUCAACGGGAAGUAUCCCGAGCGCGAGACAGAGAUUCAAAUAUCGAAAGAUGUGUAUCCCCAACGAACUACGUUCCAAGAAUGGGUCAAUAGGACGGAUUCGAAGACUAAGGAGGGAUGGAAUCGAUUGAGUCUCUUCGGGCUGCUCACCGGGAGGUCUUGA